CCAGCCGCCUGUGCUCCAGUUCCGUGGCAGUCUGGGUACUGUGGCAGCUGUUGCUGUGUCUGUCGGGUGUCGGCGUGAGGCGGAGCGGGGCCAGCGGGAGAUAGCUCUGUGGGAGUGGAACGUCCGCAUUUCUCUGCCUGGACCGUACGCUCCCCGGGCUAGCAGGGUAGAGCUCCAGAUUUGCUUUGAAGUCACGUUGAUAUAAAAUAGAGUCACCUUUGAUAACUUCGCCUGCAAAAGAGAGAGACUUGUUUCUUGUUAAAAAUAUAAAUAAGGAAAACAAAUGACCAAAGGAAUCAUGCCAAGUGCGAGCUCUACAUCUUUUGUAUCAUCAAGAUGCAUUUUUUAAUCCAUCAAGACAAAUGGCUUGUGCAUUAAAGAAAAUGAGUUGUUCAUCGAUAUUAUUUUUAACAGUUUCUAAAACUUUUUCAUCUUAACUUUAUAUAACUCUCCUAUAAAAUUUAACACAUAUAAAAAUCUUUAAAGCCUUGUUUAAAAUAGCUUUCUUUUUUAUCUCUUAGAGUGUCAACAUAUAUGCACCCUAGUUUUACUUGUCAAAGUCCUCAAAAUUUUGUAACGUCGAGAAAGAUAUGGACUUGGAAACUUAUGUUAUUGUAACAGACUACAGUGAAAUUAAGUGAACAGUUCAAGACAUCAUCCAUUUUAUUACAGAACUGUCACAUAAGGGUACAAUUCUUGGCUUUAAUGCAAACAACGUUGCUUGAAAAUGGCAUGGGUAAAAUUCUUACGGAAACCUGGUGGCAAUCUUGGAAAAGCUUAUCAACCAGGGAGUAUGCUAUCCCUAGCUCCUACCAAAGGCUUGUUAAAUGAACCAGGACAAAACAGCUGUUUUCUUAAUAGUGCUGUACAGGUUUUAUGGCAGUUGGAUAUAUUCCGACGAAGCUUGCGGGUUCUGACUGGACAUAUUUGUCAGGGAGAUGCCUGCAUAUUUUGUGCAUUGAAGACAAUAUUUGCACAGUUUCAACACAGUCGAGAAAAAGCACUUCCCUCAGAUAACAUAAGGCAUGCUCUUGCAGAAAGCUUCAAAGAUGAGCAGCGAUUUCAACUUGGUCUUAUGGAUGAUGCUGCUGAGUGCUUUGAAAAUAUAUUGGAGAGGAUUCAUUUUCACAUAGUGCCAAGCAGAGAUGCAGACAUGUGUACCUCUAAAUCUUGUAUCACUCACCAGAAGUUUGCUAUGACUCUGUACGAACAGUGUGUGUGUCGUAGCUGUGGAGCAUCAUCAGAUCCUCUACCUUUUACAGAAUUUGUGCGGUACAUUUCUACAACAGCCCUAUGCAAUGAAGUUGAAAAAAUGAUGGAAAGGCAUGAACGCUUCAAGCCUGAAAUGUUUGCAGAAUUGCUGCAAGCAGCAAAUACAACUGAUGACUAUAGGAAAUGUCCUAGUAACUGUGGCCAAAAAAUAAAAAUUCGCCGUGUUUUAAUGAAUUGCCCAGAGAUUGUUACAAUUGGCUUAGUCUGGGAUUCUGAGCAUUCUGACUUGACCGAAGAUGUUGUUCGGAAUCUAGCAACACGUCUUUAUCUUCCUGGGCUUUUUUAUAGGGUUACUGAUGAAAAUGCCAAAAAUAGUGAACUUCACCUUGUUGGUAUGAUCUGCUAUACCAGCCAACAUUACUGUGCCUUUGCUUUUCAUACCAAGAGUUCCAAAUGGGUAUUUUUUGAUGAUGCAAAUGUGAAAGAGGUUGGAACUAGAUGGAAAGAUGUGGUCUCCAAGUGCAUCCGAUGCCACUUCCAGCCACUACUUUUGUUUUAUGCAAACCCAGAUGGCACAGCAGUUUCUACUGAAGAUGCACUCAAGCAGGUUGUCAACUGGUCACAUUACAAAUCUGUUGCAGAAAAUAUGGGAUGUGAAAAGCCCGCAAUUUAUAAGACAGAUAAUUUAAAAGAAAAUGGAUUUGGUGAUCAGGCAAAACAGAGAGAAAAUCAGAAGUUUCAAACCGAUAAUAUUUCAUCAUUUAAUCGGAGCCACAUUCAGACAAGUGGAGGGAGGGGACCAGUUAAGUUAAACCACAGUGAUCAAAGAGAAAAGAUAAAAGACAUUUCCAGAGAAUGUGCUCUGAAAGCCAUUGAACAGAAAAACUUACUUUCUUCACAAAGGAAAGAUUUAGAGAAGGGACAAAGAAAAGAUUUAGGCCAACAUAAAGAUGUGAUCAAUGAAGGCCUUACACAUUUCAAGUCUGGAUCACCUCCUAUCCCAAAUGGCUUUAGACAAUAUGGGAAUCCACAUCUAUAUCAUAGUCAAGGAAAAGGACCAUGUAAACAUGACCGAGUUGCCCAUCAGAGUCGAGCUUCUGCACAAAUAAUAAGUUCAAAUAAAUCCCAGAUUCUUGCUCAAGGAGAGAAAAUAACUGGUAAAGUUAAGAGUGACAGUGGCACUGGAUAUGAUACAGACAGCAGCCAAGAUUCUAGGGAUAAAGGAAGCAGCUGUAUUAGCAGCAGUAGAAGCCGGAACCGAGGUUGGAAACCUAUGAGAGAAACAUUAAAUGUUGAUAGUAUUUUUAGUGAAAGUGAAAAAAGGCAGCAUAGUCCAAGACAUAAAGCAAAUAUCAGCAACAAACCUAAAUGUAACAAAGAUCAGAGUUUUAAUAAUUGGCCAAAAGAGAAUCCAAAGCAAAAAGGUUUAAUGACCAUAUAUGAAGAUGAAAUGAAGCAGGAAAUAGGAAGCAGAAGUUCCCUUGAAUCUAAUGGAAAAGGAGCAGAGAAAAAUAAAGGCCUCAUAGAGGGUAAAGUUCAUGGGGACAACUGGCAGAUGCAAAGGACAGAAUCUGGAUAUGAAAGUAGUGAUCACAUUAGUAAUGGAUCUGCUAAUUUGGACUCACCUGUUAUUGAUGGGAAUGGUACAGAACUGGAUAUCAGAGGAGUUAAAGAAGCGGUAUCCUUCAGUGACCAGAUUAAGACAAGCAACCUAAAUAUAGAACAUAUGGCCUGUACCUUCCAUCAGAGCAAAAACCACUUGGAAGGCUUUAACUUGGAAGCAGGCUGUAAAUCUCAUGAGUUCCACCCAGAAUCACAUCUGCAAAUAAAAAAUCAUUUGAUAAGAAGGUCCCAUAUACGUGAAACCAGUGGAAAGUUAUUUCCUUCGUCCAGCCCACAAAUACUCAAGGAUGAUACUGCAAGAGAACACAUCCACCAGUCAGAUGAACAGAAACUUGGAAAACCAAGUGAAUGGAAAUUUUCUGAGUGGCUUAAUAUAGAAAAUUCUGAGAGAACAGGUUUGCCUUUUCGCAUUGAUGAUAAUUCUGCUUCUGGGAAGAGAGUGAACAGUAAUGAAGUAGUCUCACCAUCUUCAUUGUUGUCUUCACAAGUGAGAACUGUUGGGUUAAAGCUAGAAACUGCUCCCCUCACCCAGCAGCAAAAUAUGACGGAACAAUGUUAUUCUGAGAAUUCUCUAUCUAGGGAACAUACAAUUCAGUCAACCUAUAGGUCUGAUGGUUGUCAGAUGCCAAAACUCUUUUGCCAGAAUCCACCACCCCCUUUGCCACCAAAGAAAUAUGCUAUAACCAGUGUGCCACAGUCAAAGAAAAAUGAAUCUCCACCUGAUGUCAAACUUAAAGCUAACUCUUCUAUUCUUCCAAAGCACACUUUAGAACCAAGUUUAGGAGUGAGUACAUAUAUGAAUGAUGAACCACAUAAAGAAACAUUUCAAGCAGAUGAGCAUGUUGGCAAGAUAUCAAACUACUCUUUUAACUCUUCAACUGAUGGUUUUCAGGCAAACUCAGGUGCAGUUAUUGAUGCAUUUUGCCAACCAGAACUACACUCUAUUUCUGCAUGUCCAAAUGAGACAAUUUCAUUAACUACCUAUUUUUCAGUUGAUAGCUGCAUGACUGAUACAUAUAGAUUGAAAUACCAUCAGAGGCCCAAGCUGUGUUUUCCAGAGAACAGUGGCUUUUGUAAUGAUAAUUCACUAUCUCAGAGUGAAAGAGUGUUAGGACCUGUGUUACAUAAUAGUCUUGGUUCAAGUUGCCCCUCUGAGCAAAGAUAUAAACCUAGCAUACAUUGUAAUAGAUAAAUGAUGAAAUUGGCAAGCUUAUACCUCUCAGAGGCCAUAAAAAUAUUAUAGGAACCUACUGACCAAACCUAGUGAUAUAUAAAAUUAAAACCCAUGGUAUUUUUAAAGUUAUUAAUCACUUUAACUUUACACACACACACACACACACACACACACACACACACACACAACACACACACACACACACACACACACACACAAUGUUAUGGUCAAUUUAUUGGAUAAUUUAGAAAUUCCCUUUGAAUAGUCUUGGCAUGCACUGAAAAAUAGAAAAUUAGGGGGUAUAUUUGCCAUAUGCUAUAGUUGAAUAAAAAAUAAAUUUGCCCCUUUAUUAUUUGGCUAAUAGACCCAUAAAGUAUUAAACUAACUAGUACUCACGUAUGUAGAUUAGUCAACUAUGCUAAUUGAAAAAUACCAGGUGAUGUAUGGUUGUCUAGUCAAAGCAGUAUUUGUUUUAUGAGGAAGCACUUUCUAAUGGGUAACCAAAGGAGGGCGUCACCCAUUUGUUUUUGACUUCUGUGAUAGUCAGCUAUGUAUGAUCCUUUUAAGUGUCUUUAAAAACAAUUGACCCAUGAAUUUGAUAGCAUUUGGAAAAAAAAUGCCUUAAUGAUUAACAACGUUAAAAUUAAAUUUUCAAGGUGAAAUGGAACUUAACUUUGCUUCUAGAACUUUUUAUUUUCAGAAUGUCUAGUUAACAUAACUUGGGCCUUUGACUAAUAAAUGUAUUCAUAAAUACUUCUUCAACCCUGUAAGCUAAAAAGUUAAAAUACUUAAACUUUAGUAUAUUUAUUUAUCUGGUUACAUUUUUUUCUAAUUUUAUAUGAAAUGUAAAAGUUUUUAUUUCGGUUUGGUUUAUUUUGGGCUAAUAAUCAGUGUUAGAAAUUAACCUAGGGCCCUCUUAUUGGGAAUGUCACUGUAACUGCCUAAAUUUUCUCUGCUGUAAUUUUAACUGCUUAUAGGUUGUCAACCCAUUUUACUGAUUUUGAUUCUUGAAUCUGUAAAUCUGCCUAGGUUUUCAGAUUAAAUUUCUGUCUUUCAUAUAGAGAGUAUAAUUUUAAUUACAUAUUUAAUUAAUUUGAGCAUCCAUCCAUCUCUAAGCAAAUAAUAAUUUUAUCCCAAAUACUUUCAUGGAGAGGGCUUUGUUUAAAAAUGAAAGGAAUUCCCAUUACUAUGGUGACCUUACAAGUGAAAAUAAGUUACUUUAAUUGCCUUAUUUCAUUAGUUGUCAUUUUAUUUUCUACUAAGCUGGUAAACUAAUUGUGGUUUAGAAUAGUUUUAUAAUGUCCACUCCAAAGAAUUGAGAAUCACAGAAUUAAAGUUUUCUUUACAUUCCUAAAUGGAUAAACUUCAUAAAUAUAAAAAGUAAACUAAUUAGUUAAUUUAAUAUCUUGACUGAUUCCAUAAAUUGCAUUAAAAUAUUCCAAAAUGUAAAAAUGAAUACUUUUAGGUAAAUAGAAAAUAAUUGCUUGUAAAAGUGUAACCUCACCAAGUUAUCAAAUCUUGGCCAAUCUUCCACCUGUAGAGAAGUUUUUACUAGCCUUUUAAAACUAUAGUACAGUAGUAGGUGAUUAUUACUUUAUAUUAUCUUAAUUUAGAAAUACUUGAAUACCAACUAAAUUAAUUUUUACUUUUAAGAAAACUUAUUUUUAACAAUUUUUAGUAUGGAGGGUUUGUAAAUAAUGUAAUGUUUGUAAAAUUGUAUUUGAAAUGUCAAUGUUUUUAAUUACUGCUUUUAUAACACUGUAAAAUACUAGAAAAAUGGGCUUCAAGUAUUUUUAAUAGCUUUCAAAAUCUGUGUAGGUUUUAAAAUUUCUAUUUGGUCAGUACAUUCACUUUGAAAUGUAUUAUUUGAAACAUUUAAACCAAUUUCUGCAUUUAACAGCAGUUUUAUAAAAUUGUCUUUUCAACUCACAAUUGAGUUGCAAACAAAUGUGUCCAAUUUUGCACCUUUUAAAAUACUGUCCAGUUGAAACUUCCUGAAUCAUGUAAUGUAGUAGUACUAACCAAACUAGAAACUAUCCAUUUGCUUUUAUGUUGAUUCAACACUCCAAAUACAGAUUAAAUACAUAUUUGCUAACUAAUCAUUAACAUGUAAAAUUUUUACUUCUAGGGUGCCUAUUUAUUUUUAUAGAUGUU